CAGCGGCGGCGGAGGUAAUGACUGAGGAACAAAGAACGCGAAUCACCAGCAACUUCCGCGCCGCUAAAGCCCUGCUUAACCGGAAGCGGCCCCUUGAUCCCGUCCCUCUUCUUCGUUAUCCCAAAUGCAGUGUGAUAGAUGGCUCAAGCCCUCAAGGCUUUCCUGUCGUUAGAGCGCUUCUUUCAGAUAUCCACAACGGGUUAGAGUAUCGGAACGGGUUUUCCACUCCCGUGAAGCCCUUGGGAGUUUGUCCGUUUCAGGUCAAGGAUUCGACUCCGUCAUCGAGCAUUCUCGAUGAGGAGCUGGAUGACUCGUUUCUGGAGGAGGUAGAUACUAUCUGCGACCAACUGUUCUGUGUGAAGAAGGAUAAACCAAACGCGGGGAGGGAGAGUGACGACGGUAACGAAGCAGAGGAAAGUUCUAGUUUUAUUGAAGACGUGAGAUGCGAUGAGAUGCCAAAAAAGUAUCACGAUUACUUUCAAUCGCUGAACGAUGCUCAGAGAGAGGCUGCUUGCAGCAAUAUAUCAGUUCCAUUGAUGAUUGUAGCCGGCCCAGGAAGUGGAAAGACGUCAACCAUGGUUGGACGAGUGCUGAAUCUUUUGAAGGAGGGAAUUCGUCCUGCUAAUAUACUUGCCAUGACCUUCACAACUGCUGCUGCAUCUGAGAUGAGAGAUAGGAUUGGGGCAGUUGUAGGCAAGGCAAUUGCUAAGGAGCUUGCAAUCAGCACAUUCCACUCGUUCUGCUUACAGCUGUGCCGUUCACAUGCUGAAAAGUUAGGGCGCACAGCUGAAUUUUUUAUAUAUGGGCAUGCACAACAAAGGAGAGCCAUUAUAGAGGCACAGCGACUGACAAAUAGCGAUGAGAAGAAAGGCCAAGAAACUGAAGGUUGUGAGGAACUUAAGAAUGGUGAUAUCUCACACCGUUUGAAAGCAACUUCAAAAAAGUGGCUGAAAUUUGUGAUACAGGCUAAGACAUCUGGAAGGACUCCUGAAGACUUUAAAAAGACGGGUGAUAGAAAUGGAGCUAUUAUAUUUGAGAAAUACAAUGAUAUACUGAGAUCAUGCAAUGCACUGGAUUACCUUGACUUUAUUAAUUGCUCCGUAAGGUUGCUUUCUGAUUUUCUUGAAGUUCGUAAAGAGUGCCAUGCUACAUGGAAGGCAAUUGUAGUAGAUGAAUUUCAGGACACUAGCUCUAUGCAAUAUUUUCUAUUAAGGAUUUUAGCAUCCCAUAACCAUGUCACAAUUGUUGGUGAUGAAGAUCAGUCUAUAUUCAGUUUCAAUGGAGCUGAUGCCAAUGGAUUUGAUUCAUUUCGUAGGGACUUUCCAACUCACAGAGAGAUAAAGUUGAUUAAAAAUUACCGCUCUACACGUUGUAUUGUUGAGGCUGCAUCAUGUGUUAUAAAUCACAAUGUCAAGCGAAGUCAGCAUAAGGAAGUUGAGACCAAUAAUUCUGGCGGCUCUUUAAUAACAAUUAAGGAAUGUCAUGCUGAAGAUGCACAAUGUUCGUUUGUUUUGGAUAAAAUAUUAGAAAUUACAUCUUGUGAUGUUGCUUCUAAGAGGUCUUUUGGCAAUAUCGCAAUUCUAUAUCGCAGACAGAUCUCUGGUAGAGCUUUUCAGGUGUUUUUCCGGAACAAAAAGAUACCCUUUAAUGUUCACGGUGUUGCUUUCUACAGGAAAAAGGUAAUAAAGGCAAUUAUGGCAAUGCUUAAAACUACAUUGCCAGGUUUUGAUGAUAAACCAUUUCGCCAAUCCUUCAUGGCCCUACUUCCUGGCGAUAAAGAAGAAAGAAAAAUGAUGAUUAACUAUGUAGACAAAAUAUCAACAGUUAGAAAAAGCACUUUUCGUUCCGCAGCCAUUGAUGUCUUUGGUGCAAAGGUUUCUGGCACCUUCAAAAGGGCUCAACUCACCCAAGGCCGCAGAGUUUUGUCCACACUUGACAUGCUAUCAGAGCUUGUUAGAAAGGAGCAAUCGAUUUCAGUGUUCAUCUCUUCUGCAGCAAAUAUGUUACCUCAGAGGUGCCUUCUUGAACAACGGGCCAUAAUUGAUGUUGAUGAUGGCAAGUAUUUGAAUGAAGAGAGUGAUCCAAGAUCUGCUCUGGAAUACUUAUUGGAUGACGUCUGUGAUUUUCUGUCUUCACAUUAUAAAAUUGAAGAUAGAAAAGAAAGUAGUGAUGACAAGGAUGGCUGUGUUCACGUACUUAAAUCUUUUCUAGAUUACAUUUCCACGAGGGAAUCAGAAAAUUUCCGGUCUCGAAGACAAGAUAAUGGCAAUUCUGUAACUUUGACUACUAUUCAUCAGUCUAAAGGUCUGGAAUGGGACGUCGUUUUCAUUGUGAAGGCAAACGACGCCGAAAUUCCUUUGCUGCAUGAGUUUGACGACGCUGUACAGGAAAUUGGGAUGAAGUUAGAGGAGGAACGGAGAUUGCUUUAUGUUGCCAUGACGCGUGCUCGUAAGAAGUUGUAUAUUUUAUAUAAUACAGUUGACUGUAACUGGAAGUUGCUUCAACCAUCAAGGUUUUUGAAAGAGAUUCCCAGUCAUCUUGUUGAACUCCAGCGUGAGUCACAAGUAAAUAAACUUGGAGGUUUGGUUAAUAAAACUGGAAAUGAUCUGAAAUGUGCAUCAUCAUCUGAAGUAUUGAAUAACUGUAGCGGCAAAGAUUUUCCAGACAGUUACAUAGAAAUGCCAGAUGCUUGUGUUGGGGAUAAUUUUUUGAAGAGCUUCAACAUUGAAGAACGGUUGAUUGUCUCACAUUUAUUUCACCAAUGGGCAAAAAAGCAAGCAUUUCAGCAUCCAAAACGGCUUCUUGAUAAGGUCAACUUUGUGAUUGAUGAAAGAUUAAGGAAUAAAACAUACAAACAUAAGGAUACCUUGCGUGCUUUAAAAUCCUGUUUAGGUAGUGAUAAAGCUUUCCAGUAUGCACAAUAUGUUUUGAGGUGGGAGCAGAUCCCUACUUACAGGCGUUCUCAUUUGAUGCGAGAAAAGCAGGAACAUUUCCAGAAACAAAGAAUUGAGAACUCAAUGGGAUCAGCAGAAGCAACUUCGAAGCAGAUUGCGUUUCUACGGAACUUGGGUUGCACUGUCAUUCCUACUUCGCGCCUGCAUGCGUCGCGUUUGAUCGAACAAUACAAAUCUCUCUGAAAUGGAGGUUUCUUUGGCAUAUGCAUCGAUUAUUUUAUUUACAUUUUUUUCUUUUAUUUAAGCAGCAUUUCUAUUCAGGACAAUUUAUUUGUCAUUCUAAAUUAUAUUCAAAAUCAUUAUUUGUUUU